UCAUCCCAAAGACAACACGGAAUUAUCAUAUUUAUUAUUUAAUAGUUUUAAAAACUUCAAGUUCUAUAUAUAAUUAAUCAUGGGUGUUGUAACUUAUGAAAUGGAGGUGGCUACAUCAGUCGCAGCAGCCAAAAUGUUCAAGGCAUUUGUGAUCGAUGGAAGCACACUCAUCCCCAAGAUCUUGCCCCAAGGUAUCAAAAGUAUUGACAUUCUUGAAGGAGACGGUGGCGCCGGAACUAUCAAGCAAAUUAACUUCGCCGAUGCAAGUCAUUUCAACUAUGCAAAGGAGAGGACAGAUGCAGUAGACAAGGAAAAUUUAACAUAUUCAUACUCAAUGAUUGAAGGAGAUGUGUUAGCAGAAAAACUUGAGAAAAUCACUAAUGAAAUUAAAUUUGAGGCAACUUCUGAUGGAGGAUGUGUCAUUAAAUCUCUGAGCACUUACUAUACAAUUGGAGAUUUUGAGCUGAAACAAGAGGAUAUUAAGGCUGGAAAAGAUAAAUCCAUGGGCUUGUUCAAGGCUGUUGAAGGUUACCUCUUGGCCAAUCCUGAUGCCUAAACUUUUUUUUUUUUUUUAUUUCUUGUGUUGAUUUGUGAUUUUCAAUCCAUUUUAUUUUUGUUUUGUUUGGCCAAAGGUGAAAAUUGGCAGUAAUAAUUGUGUUGGUGUGUUAUUGAAGCUUAUAAUGAUGUAUUGCUUUGUAUGAAUAUUAAUACUUGAAUAAUUGGGUUAUAUACCUUUUGAUA